GAGGAAACUCAAAGAACUUGUUUCUGUCCGGACCGUGAUCGAAGACGGACAGCAUCAUGGCGGCGGAGGCAGAUGAACCUGUGGGCUGCAGAAAAGUAGACCCAGCUAGAAAAGAUGAAGACCAUAGACAAAUAUUAAAAGGUGCGCUGUUCCUGACCACAGCUGCCUCCGUAGGAAUGAUCGCAGGAUUCAGCUCCACAUUAGCACUGGCCAAAAAACGGAGUCCUGACUGGUUCAGUAAGGGCCUGACGUCAACAGCAGUUCUUCCGGAGUGUGGCUCGUCACUGGCUCUGCGAGCGCUCGGCUACGGCUCUGUGUUUGCCUUCUGUGGUGUCGGACUUCUCAGCGCCGCCGUGUGGAAACUCCUGGGAGUUCACAGUCUGUCAGAAUUCCGUCUGAAGAUGCAGACCCUGUGCCCACCCAUCCCCAAACCCUCUACUGCACCGGAGCCAGUGGACUGGGACGCCCUCUUGGGGUCAAAGGGAGGGACUACAAUUGAGAAAGAGAAUUAAAGACAUCCACAACACACAGCUGCUUUUGGUGGUGGUGUGAUCUCAGAUGGUCCUGGUCCAGGUCUGGUCCAGGUCUGGUCCAGGUCUGGUCCAGGUUCAGGAGUCAUUGUGAAAUUGAUGAAGAAAGUCAAUAAAAUAUUUUCUUCAUCGCUGGAGUGCCACUACAAGUUUUACCUCCUUAGAACGGAGACUUUUCUUUUUAAAUGAACGAGUCUGUUGAUGUGAAUAAAGAUCUGCAUCUGUUGAAGACCACAUCAGAUGAUUGGGGAAGGGUCUGGAGUUGGUCUGUGACGGGAAUGUUCUCUGAGAAAUAAAAACUUUUAGCUUCA